AUGUCUUUUCGCAAGAGAAAUAUUGGACUAUCCCCCGGUGUUGACCGCACAGCUGUUCCCAAUGCCGCAACACAGCCAGCUGCACCAGAGACGCCUGGCAUCCGCCCCUCACCAGAUGAUGGUCGGCCAACAACCUCGACAGGUACCCGGUCUCUAGACAAUCUGCUUGCAGGACAUGCAGGUCUUCCUAUGGGCAAACUGUUGCUUGUUGAGGAAAAUGGAACAACAGAUUUCGCAGGCGCAUUGCUCCGAUACUAUGCGGCGGAGGGCGUCAUUCAAGAACAGAAGAUCCAUGUGGUUGGAGUACCAGAGCAAUGGGGUCGCAGCUUGCCUGGUCUGAUCGGCUCCGCCGAGUCUCUUGACGAGAAGAGGUCCGACAGGCGCAAGGAUGAUCGCAUGAAAAUUGCAUGGCGUUACGAGCGAUUGGGCGAGUUUGGCGCAGGUGUCGCCGGUUCACGCGAUGCCCCUGCUACUCCUGGAGCCCAGGAUCCAGCUACGAAAGAGGCACCCGCCUUCUGCCACGCCUUUGACCUCACAAAACGCCUCACCCAUCCGUCUAUCACGAAUAUGACCUUCAUCCCGAUCACCCCCUCCAAAGAAUCGCCAUUCCUCCCUAUCCUGAAACGUCUUCAGACCGCAAUUUCCUCCAGCCCCGCGAGUAUCAUCCACCGUAUUGUCAUUCCGUCUCUGCUCAAUCCCACAAUGUACCCGCCUGACGCAUGCCAACCCGAGCAUGUGCUCCAGUUCUUCCACGCCCUCAAGGCGCUGAUGAGCGCAAACACCACUCGUGUCACUGCGAUGAUCACAUUCUCUCUUUCUCUAUACCCUCGGUCGUCAGGUCUGGUGCGUUGGAUCGAACUGCUGAGCGACGGCGUCAUUGAGCUUUGUCCCUUCCCACAUUCUGCAGAUGCCACGGCUACUUCGGGAGCGGCGACGUCCCAAGAAGAGCCUCCACAGGGUAUGCUCAAGACGCAUCGACUCCCGGUAUUACACGAACGUGGAGGCGGAAGUGAUCAGAAUGUUGGACAAGACUGGGCGUUUAUUCUGAGUCGUCGGCGAUUCGAAAUUAAGCCGUUCAGUCUGCCACCAGCAGAAGGAGACACUGAAGCGCAGGAUGCCUCGGCUGCUGGCGGUAUGCCCAAGAAGUCGGACCUCGAGUUUUAG